AUGACGCCAACCCUGUUCUGCAUACCGUUCCCAACAUUGGGCAGAGGUGCCGAGAAGAGCGCUUCGACGGGGAAGCGUGCUCAGGGCAUAGACGAUGAUGCAUUCACCGGCUCAAGCACAACUGAUGGUAUAAUGAAGAAGGCGGACAACACGCGAAGGUUUUGCAAAAUUGCAAGGCGACUGAGAGAGCUAAGGGAGCUCAUGCAAGAGAACAAGCUGGAUUACUAUGUUAUUCCGAGCGAGGAUGCGCACCAGAACGAGAAUGUCGCCGAAGCGGACAAGCGUCUUCAAUGGAUCAGUGGUUUCACCGGCAACGCGGGUCAAGCCAUUGUCGGCAUGAACGAUGCGUAUCUGGUCACGGACAGUCGCUUCUGGGAGCAAGCAGAGAGGCAGCUCGACCUCUCACAUUGGACCAUUGUCACCGCCGGGGCGCCGGGUAGCCCGAGCAACUUCAUCGGCUGGUUGAUUGACAACGCACAUUCAAGUCGUGUGGGCAUCGACGCUCAUACCAUCACUAUCCAAAGCGUCUUAACAUUGCAGGCCGCGUUUGUCAAGACGGAGAGCACGUUGCUCUUUCCUGAAGAGAACUUUGUGGAUACCCUUUGGGGACGUGACCGCCCUCCGCCAACCAAUAAGCCCAUCGUGACGCACGGUAUCGAGUUCACAGGCUGCGAUGCGCGAGAGAAGCUGGAUCAAGUGCGUGAAUGGAUUGUCGCGCAGAACUAUGGCGGAUUGUUCGAAAGCGGGCUGGGAAACAUCGCAUAUGUGCUGAAUCUGCGGGGAGACGAUGUGCCGUAUUGCCCGUUCUUCUACUCCUACCUGUUCAUCGGAACACAGCAGACGAUCCUAUUCGUGAACCCCUCUCAACUGGGACGAGGGACUCAAGAUUACCUCGCCGGACUGGAAGUGACUAUACGCGGAUACGACGAGGUUUGGGACUACCUCAGUCUCCACGAGUGGGGUGAAGCGAACAUACUAGUCAACGGUACGACACCUUACGCGGUCACUCUCGCAUUGACGGGACCCCGUUACACCAUUGCCCAGUCGAUCAUCGACACGAUGAAAGCUGUCAAGAACGACGUCGAGAUUGAAGGCCUCCGAUAUGCGUACCUGCGGGAUGGCGCCUGCUUUAUUCGUUUCUUCGCGUGGCUUGAAGAAAUGAUAGGAAAGGGCGAGACAAUCACUGAAUGGGACGCGGCCGAGCGUUUGACGAAGUACCAGCGCCAGGAUGAGAACUUCCGUGGUUUGAAGGGUGCAGCAAUGAGCUGUACUGGACCAAACGCCGCGUUGCCGCACUACUUCCCCACAGCGGAUGAGAACCUUGUGAUCGACACCUCGACUCCCUACUUGAUGGACUCUGGUGGCCAAUACCUUGAUGGUACAUGCGAUACGACACGCACAGUACACUUCAAGAAGCCCACCGCGGAGCAACAAGAGGCCUUCACGCGCGUAUUGCAAGGACACAUCGCGAUUGAUCAAGCCAUCUGGCCCCAAGUAACGAGUGGCAAACAGCUUGACGUACUGGCGCGACACAAACUCUGGCAAGAUGGACUCAACUAUGGGCACGGAACGGGACACAGUUUCGGGAGUUUCCUCGCGGUACACGAGGGUCCGCAUGGUUUCUCAAGCGACGUCCCACUUGCACCCGGGAAUGUCAUCACGAAUGAGCCUGCAUUCUACAAGUCCGGACACUUCGGCGUACGAAUUGAGAGCGCUCUCGUCGUACGGUCCGUUCACACCAAACACGAAUUCAACGGCCCGGUUUGGCUCGGGUUUGAGCGGUUGACUUGCGUCCCAAUUCAGCCGAAGAUGUGCGCUAAGGAUCUUAUGAGCCGUGAAGAGCGCGAAUGGCUCAAAAAACACAACCGGACCUGCGUCGAGAGGCUGGAGCCACUCUUGCGCGAUGAUAAGCGAGCGCUACGAUGGUUGCGGCGCCAGGCGAAGUUCCCAUUAUGCUUUUAG